UUUUUUAUUUAAAAAGGGGAAUAUUUUUGGUCCAAGCCUUCUCACCGACAUGGAGUACACGUCAUCCCCGAAACCGCAGCUCUCAUCCCGGGCAAAUGCUUUCUCCAUAGCCGCCCUGAUGUCCAGUGGGAAGCCCAGUAAGGACAAAGAGACGGAGGAGAACACCAUCAAGCCUCUCGAACAAUUUGUGGAGAAGUCCUCCUGCAACCAGCAGUCUCUGGCUGACCUGUCCUCCCUGGACGGGCACGGGGACUUCAGCGGGAGCGCGCCCGCGGUGUGCACCGAGCCGCUCAUCCCCACCAAUCCCGGCAUCCCUAGCGAGGAGAUGGCCAAGAUCUCGUGCAGUCUGGAGACUAAAGAGCUGUGGGACAAAUUCCACGAGCUCGGCACCGAGAUGAUCAUCACCAAGUCUGGACGGAGGAUGUUCCCCACCAUCCGGGUCUCUUUUUCCGGGGUGGACCAGGACUCCAAGUACAUCGUGUUGAUGGACAUCGUCCCAGUGGACAACAAGCGGUACCGGUACGCCUACCACCGCUCCUCCUGGCUGGUGGCCGGGAAGGCCGACCCUCCUCUGCCCGCCAGGUUGUACGUGCACCCGGACUCCCCGUUUACCGGAGAGCAGCUCAUGAAGCAGAUGGUUUCCUUCGAGAAAGUCAAACUGACAAACAACGAACUGGACCAACACGGACAUAUCAUCCUCAACUCCAUGCACAAGUACCAGCCGAGGGUCCACAUCAUCAAAAAGAAGGACCACACCGCCUCGCUGCUCAAUCUCAAGUCUGAGGAGUUCCGCACCUUCGUCUUCGUCGAGACCGUCUUUACCGCCGUCACAGCCUAUCAGAACCAGCUGAUCACCAAACUGAAGAUUGACAGCAACCCGUUCGCCAAAGGUUUCCGGGACUCGUCGCGGCUGACAGACAUGGAGAGGGAAAGUGUUGAGAAUCUGAUCCACAAGCACUCGUACGCCCGGUCGCCGAUCCGAACCUACGCUGGCGACGAGGAGAGCCUGAGCGAGGAUGGACACAGCGCACACACCAGAGGCUCUGCGUUCACCGCCUCAGACAACCUCUCCCUGAGCUCCUGGGUCACCACCACUUCGGGCUUCUCGGGCUUCCAGCACCCACAAUCCCUGUCGGCCAUGGGCGCCGGCGCCGCCUCCCUGCCUCACCCCAUCCAGGGCUCCCUGCCGCCCUACAGCCGGCUGGGCAUGCCGCUGACACCCACGGCUCUAGCUGGGACCAUGCAGGGCAGCGGGCCGUCCUUCCCUUCCUUCCACAUGCCCCGCUACCACCACUACUUCCAGCAGGGGCCCUACGCCGCCAUCCAGGGACUCCGCCACUCCUCCACGGUCAUGACGCCCUUUGUAUGACUCCGUCCUGGGGAGGAGACGGCCCAUCUUCGCUCCGAUCCUCAAUCCAGCGCAACCAGUUAUUUCUCCACUCCGGCUCAUCACUCCUCAUCCUGUUUGUAUCGUUCCCCCUGGUCUUUGUAAAUAGUUCCCCCGCAGUGAGCGAGAUGAUGAAGACUGAUCCAGAAAAUCCAGGAAAAAGAAGGACUGUAACGCCUGCGCAGGACCUGCGGAAACAUCAGCAGGUCCUGUGGCUUCUAUGAAGACUUUAGUGACAUUGUACAAACACUUAAAACCUCAAAACGAACUACAAAACCUAAUGCGAGACGAUGCAAGGAGCAUGUUUGGUCUUGGCCCUUGAAGAACAGAAAGUGGAUCCUCAUUUUCACAAUAUUUAGAAGACCCUCUAGAGGUUAAACAGUCCCUCCAGGGUCUCACUGAGGAUUUAAAGAUGGCAGGUUGCUGUGUGAUCCUUCAACAACCUAAGAUGAUCAUUUUUGGAGAGACUCAUCUGAUGCUACAGUAUGUUGGACACCGAGGCUCAGUCUGAGUCUGAACAUUUCAGAAUCAGCUUACCUCUGUUUUCUAGAAAGCCAGCCAUAUGUACAGUUCAAACUUCACGCUCUGUUGAAAAUAAUGUCAGAAACACGUGUUAAAAUGCAUUGUACAAAGAUGAAAAUACAACAUUUACUCGUAGGAAAAUUCUCACUGUAGAGUACAGAAGAAAAAAAAUAUCAUAGGACGCAUGCUGACUGCAGUAGACAAACACGCUGGGUGAACUUUAUAUGACAUAUUAUGGGAUGAAUAAGCUCUGACCUGGGGCGGGGUGAAUGCUCUUAAAGGGCCGGUCACACCAGCAAAUAAUACAGUGAACUUUAGCAGCAAAAUCAAUUCAUUUUAAUGGAAAAUGUAGAUUACUUUGCAGAAAUGAAUCACCUAGACUUUGGCCAACAUUGCAAAUUCCAACCACUGACCGAUAGCAAACCGUCUACACGGUUCUGAGCUUUUGAGCGAAGAGCCAGAGAAUCCAAAAUGCUCGAUGCUAUUGUAGCUAAUUAGCUUUGCUGCUCCAAACACUUUUAGUUAACCUCCUCUGUUGGAGUGGUAACUUCUCCACUAACAGAGGAAUGGAUUUCACAUAGACAGGAGUUGGUGGUGCAAAUACGUCAUUUGAAUUAAUUGUGUGUUGGCGAUUUAGACAAGAAGCUACUUCAAAGUAAUAAUCUCGAAGAUUUUCAUAAAAAAUUCUGUUAAAUCACUAUCUAUCACUGAAGGAAGUAACACAGGGAUGAAAGCCUUUACAUUAACAGUAUUACGAACCGGGUGUCUGUGGCGACAUUCGUAGGAAAAAUAACAACCCGUGCUCACUUAGUGACCACUUUUCAUCAGCCAUCCAGAGGCAGGCGGAGCUAACACAACAGACUCAGUCUUCACCUCCUUCCUGUGUGAAGCGGGGUACUGUUUUCUCCACUGUCUGCUUGUGUUGUGAUUAAACAGUUACUACGGCCGUAUAAAAAAAGUAAAGGCAGAUGAAGAGACAAAAAAAAAAAAAAAACAAGUUAAAGUGAGAUCCAAAGACACUGUGAUUACCACUUGGCAUCGCACAACAGAACUAAACGGACAUCUUCGAGACUGUAACUUUUAAACUGGCUAGUCUGGAGGUCAUUUUGUCCUUUUUCUUGAGUGAAAUCUUGAAACCGUUAUGUCACAGGGGAGUAAAAUGCCUAUUACAGAAAAAACAUAAACAAACGGAGAUUGACACAAGAGCAGAGCAGCACCACCUGAAAUCCUGGGGGCAGUGUAGCCGAUAUUUUAAACAAGACACGACCAAAGGACAUGACGAAGAAUUAAAAAUUCGAAGAAAUAAGAAAUUUACAUAAACAUGUGGGGUACAUUAUUACGACAUGUCAGCGUCUCAGAUGCCCUCUAGUGGACGUACUGCUGAACAUCCAUGUCAGCAUAAAGGAGGCAUCACAGUAUGCGGGGCAGUUACAUCGUUUAAAAGGGAGCAUAAAUCAGGAUGAACUUUGUGGUUACUUUCUGGUGUGACCGGGCUUUAAGUUUGAGGGAUUCAACCAUAAACAUGUUGAGUUCAAAUCAUCAGUUUUCAAAGAGUCAUAUUUCAUUUCACUGGCCAUUAAUGGUAGGCCUCAGAAACCUGUUUCCACUGGUGGAAUUUGAACUCAUUGCUCAUGCAUUGUAAUCUCUUUUAGGUCCACAAACAUUUGCAGCAUCAAACAUCAGUGUUUUUAGUUGACUGCAGCCUUUUAGCAGCUGGUGUUUAGCCGGUGUUAUUGAGCUGAUUCAUGGUUCCAUCAGAGUGUGACGACAGGGCGUCCACACCUGCAAAUAAUGGCUCUCUGCUGCCGUCUCAUUUACAACAGGGAGAAAAAGCUUCACACUCAGUGCAGGUGCAGGUGCAUAAAAGUGGCAGCUCACUAGUGGAGCAUUUUAUUUGUAAAACUGAAUAAUUACAGGUGGUAAACAGAUGAGAUGGUCCUACCUGGGGUGACAAUUAAUGCUCUCGUUUUGAAUACAUUAAUUUUGAAGAUAAAUUAUCAAUCCAGGAGCUCCAGAGUAAAAAACUCUCCGUCAUAGCGAGUAACUUUUGUCUACAACUGAAUCCUAAAAACGGACGAUAUUGAUUUAUUGCAAAUAUUAGUAUCCGUGUAGAACAAACUGCAGUAAAGAAAUAUCAAUAUCAUUAAGUAACGGUCUCCAUUGUAUAGUUUUUCUCCCAGAGUUUUUCAUUUGUAAAAAUGUUCGAGCAGCAACAACUAAAAAUGAUUGUAUUGAUUAGUCUGCUGAUAAAGGCUUUGUCUAUAAAAUGUCAGAAAAUAGUUUGAAACAUCCAUUGUGAUCCAAAUUAAAAUUGCUUGAUUUUAUGAGCAGCAUCCCCAAAGCUCCAAAAUAUUCAGUUUACAAUCAUAUCAUAAAGAAAAGCAUAAAAUCCUGUCAUUUCAAAAGCAGUUAAUGUUUAAAAAUGACUGAAGUGAUAAGUCAAUUAUUGAAGUACCUGUCCUUUGACUAACUGAUGAAUCACCUGAUUGGUAGAGAAUUUAAAAACCUAAACUAACAGAAUGAAUCGAUCAUUGACAAAUAUGCAUUUAUGAAGUGGCUCAACUCUAUUUCAUAGUUGUUUUUUAAGCUUUAAAGUAUCAAUACUGGUAUCAAUAAACCAGGAUCAGGCGCUACUAAUUACUUUCUCAACAUUUCAAAUCCUCUUCACACAGGGGAAACAUAAAACUUUUAAGGACACAAUAUUUGACAGAAUCACUGGUUAUGACAGAGACUUUUGCAG